AUGUAUAAAAGUUCAAUUUCGCAUUGCCCACAAUAUGACGGAAAGGAUAUACUUAAAAGCAACACUCAACCUUCUAUGAAAAAUGGCGACAGGGAGGCUACCUCUACUCCUUUCAGUGUAGUUUUGGAUCAAUCGCACAAAAAAGAAAAAGAAAAUCAAAAAAGUCAGGAACAAAACCGUCAAUCACCAAGAUAUAAUCCAUAUAACAAUUCAGGACGAUAUGAAUCAAAAUCAUGGGCUCAUAGCGAUCAUUGCAAAAACGAAGAUUCAAGAACCUUAAAACACGAAGUCACAGAGCCAAUAUAUGAAAAGGAACAUGAUGUCUCAGAUACCAACAAAAAUAUUGGAAUGAAUCGGAAUAUUACGUAUGAGUUUUCCCUGAUUGCACCACCUAAAGCUUCAAUUCAACUUCUUGAAAAUGGCACGGAUCAGAAGUCUCCAGUCAAUUCGAAUCCGGUCAUUCACUUGAAUAAUCAUGGAGAAGCAGUUUAUGCUUCGAAUGCUAAAACAUUAUCAUCUUGCUGUCUUGCUUGUAGAAUCCAAACGGAAUUUUAUGCAAAAGACGAAUUCAACAUUGUUUUUGCUUUUGUAGCCUUGGCUUGCAGCUAUCCCAACGUUUUCUCAAAUCAAGAUAUCUACCUUGGUACCGAAGAAUUGAUAUUUAAAUAUAGUUAUCAGACAAGAAAAUACAAAAUCACCUCGCGUAUCACUCCGUAUUUUGUCAUCGAAAGCCACAAACAAUACGCCAAAUCUUAUUUGGUACAACAAAAACAACAUCCAAAUGCUUUUGGAGUGUAUAGCACAAAAGAAGUACUACUCAAGACUGUGCGGUGCGAGGAAACGUGGGAACUGGAUGAUGCUGGCGAGAUUUGCUCUCAACAUUAA